AUGCGAUCCCUUCUCAAACUCACGACGACACCGAAUGCCACGACGAGAGCCCUGGGGCCCACGACGAGAGCCCUCGGCCUGCUCCAGACCCGGUCCUUCGGCACCAACGGCGUCUCACGAAACCUCCUGGCCGCCAGGGAAGCGGCGGCCAACCGGAACCCCAGCAGCGCCACCGCGCAGAAUGCAUUCUAUCAGCUCCUCCUCAAGGCCAACAUGCCCGCCAUCGUCAUCGAGCGCCACAACUCGGGACGCUUCGCCAACAAUGAUGCGACAAACGCCGCCUACCAUCAGGCCCUGGCCCUGCAGAACCAGUCGGCCAUCGGAGCCCACAGCGUCGCCUCCCUCGGCGCACACGGAGCCCACGCCAACACGCCCGGGACCGGUCUGAGCGACGCGCAGCUGCAGGCUGUGGGCCAGGCUCUCGCCGCCCGUUCCCAGGGCUCCAAUGUGGCCGUCGCCAGCCAGCCCGCCGGUGGUGCUGCUGCUGCUGGUGCGGGUACCGGUGCCGCCGUCGGCACGCGUGACGGCCCCCUCUAUGUCAUCGUCGACGAGUCUCUUGGCGGCAUGUUCUUCCGCUGGACCAAAUUCAUCCUCUGGUUCGUCUUCUUCGCCUACCUCAGCAUGGUCGCUGUCACCUUUAUCGCCGAGGGCUUCAACAUGUUCAAGCGGCCCGGCGACAAGGCCAACAAUAGCGAGGUCAGGGCCGAGAACCAGACGACCAAGUUUGCCGACGUUCACGGCGCCACCGAGGCCAAGGAUGAGCUCCAGGAGCUCGUCGAUUUCCUGCGCAACCCCGACAAGUUCUCCACCCUCGGCGGCAAGCUGCCCAAGGGCAUCCUCCUCGUGGGCCCUCCCGGCACGGGCAAGACGCUCCUCGCGCGUGCGGUCGCCGGCGAGGCCGGUGUGCCCUUCUUCUACAUGUCUGGCAGCGAGUUUGACGAGGUCUACGUCGGCGUCGGUGCCAAGCGCGUCCGCGAUCUCUUCACCUCGGCUAAGAGCAAGUCGCCUGCCAUCAUCUUCAUCGACGAGCUCGACGCCAUUGGCGGCAAGCGCAACGCCCAGGGACGCCUCCUACGUCAAGCAGACCCUCAACCAGCUGCUGACCGAGCUCGACGGCUUCGAACAGAACAGGUGGCGUCAUCAUCAUCGCCGCGACCAACUUCCCCGAGGUCCCUCGACAAGGCCCUGACCCGACCCGGCCGCUUCGAUCGCCACGUCACCGUCUCGCUGCCCGACGUCCGCGGUCGCAUCGACAUUCUGAAGCACCAUGCCAAGAAGAUCAAGGCCGCGCCCGAGAUCAACUUUGAGGCCAUCGCCGCCAGCACCUCGGGCCUGUCCGGUGCCGAGCUCGAGAACAUUGUCAACCAGGCCGCUGUCCGCGCCAGCAGGCUCAAGGAGACGGCCGUCACGAUGCGUGACUUUGAGUGGGCCAAGGACAAGGUCAUCAUGGGCGCCGAGCGCAAGACGGUCAUUGGCGAGAAGGAGAAGGAGAUGACGGCGUACCACGAGGCCGGCCACGCCCUCGUCGGCUACUUCAACGCCCAGGGCCCCAACAAGCUGUACAAGGUGACCAUUCUGCCGCGCGGCCAGAGUCUCGGCCACACGGCCUACCUGCCGGAGAUGGACAAGUACUCGUACACGCACAGUGAUCUCAAGGCCAUCAUCGAGACGUCGCUGGGCGGCAAGCUCGCCGAGGAGAUUGUCUACGGCAGCGACAAGGUGACGACGGGCGUCUCAUCGGACCUGCAAAACGCAACCAAUAUUGCCUUCCAGAUGGUGGCCAAGUACGGCAUGUCAGACAAACUCGGCUCUGUCGAGUACAACGGCCGGUACCGCGAGUUGAGUUCGGAGACACGUGCACUCAUCGAGCAGGAGGUGCAGCGCUUCAUCUCGGAGGGCCAGGAGAAUGUACGUGCGCUCCUGACGUCGAAGCGCAAGGAACUGGAUCUCCUGGCCAAGGCACUUGUCGAGUACGAGACGCUCGACCUCAAGGAGGUCGAGAAGGUCAUCCGCGGCGACAAGCUGACGGACCGUACGCCCUCGCCCAAGGGCCCGAUGGUCGUCCCGGCGAGCGACCCUCUCGUGGCGCCACCAGCACUGGGGCCUGAAGAGGGUCCCUCGGGGCCGGCGCCGCCGGCGCCGCCACCGACAGCAUGA